AUGGCAGAUGUUGGGUGCUUGAACACUGAUAUUCCGUUUGAUGUGCUCUCCCGACUGCAAACGAAAGAGUUGCUGGGAUUGAAGUGUGUCUCUAAAGGAUGGAACCACCUUAUAUCUGAUCUCUCAUUCAUCCAGGCUCAGUCACAAAAGAAAGAGCCAUUGUCAGGAUUCUUCUUCCACCAGAGGUAUCGGUAUUGUUUUGAUGACGUAAAAACUAUCACCUAUGUUCCUGUUGAAAGGAAAGGAUUGCAGCAGGAUGUCUUUGCUUUUCUGCCUCAGGAUGUCGUGGUGUUAGCGUCAUGCAAUGGGCUGCUCUGUUGUCGAAGUUGCUACCCCUUUGAAGAUCCAGCUAUCUAUGUCUGCAACCCCUUGAACAGUGAUUGGUGGAAAGUGGAUUGGAAGGAACCUGACAAAGAAAGCUUCAUUGCUUUGGCGUUUGAUCCCAUACAGGAUUUCUCUGUCAAUUCGACAAAUUUCAAGGUUGUUAGACCAAGGCGAUUAGAGACUGAGCAGGAGAAAGCAUACUCAUUUGAAAUAUAUUCCUCAAAGACAAGGAAUUGGAAGCUAUCAAAAGAGUUUUGGUGGUGUAAUAACAGUUUAUCCAAGAAUGGAGGUGUUUUUAUUGGAGGGAUCUUACACUGGCUCACUGAUGGUGAUCAAAUCCUGACUUUUAAUGUAGAGAACGAAAUAGCUUUGCUGAUUUCAACUCCACUCCCAGCUGGAGAGUUUAAAUGUACACCUCAAGCUUGCAUUGGAGAAUCUGAAGGUCAGUUGUAUUAUGUACUGAUCUCUGAAGAAGGACUUCAUGUAUGGUUUCUUGAGGAUUACUUUGAUUCUACUUGGUCUCUCAAGUACUCCAAAACUCUUACGCAGAUGGAAAAGGAACACCCGGGGUUCAUGCUCAAUUUAUAUGAUAGAGUGAUGCACUGGCCGAAAAUUGAUCAUAGCCCGUGGUUGGAUCCCUUGGCCUUCAAAGACGGGGUCUUAGUAGUAAGGGUAUCCAGUACCAUCUACUUAUAUCAUGUUGAGACUAGCAAGAUGGAGGAAGUUUGCGAGACUUCAAAGUUUGGUCCAAUUUCCUGGGUUUCCCCUAUAGUGCUUCCCUAUACCAUGAGCUUGGUUCCUUUAGGUCGUAAAUUGAUCAUUAGGUCACCUUAA